CUGUUUGAAAUUCGCGGGCGCUGUCCCUUUAACGUGCAAUAGAACUCUGAUUGCAUCGAUCACAAAUUCAUUCUCCGCUCGCUCCCAUCGCUCUCAUUCCUAUGCCGGUUAUUCCCUUCUUUCCGGGCGUCCAGGAGGACCCGGUUCUGGAACGUUACUUCAAGGGCCACAAAGCUGCGAUCACCUCCGCGGACUUCAGCCCGCACGGCCAACAGCUGGCUACUGCCUCUUGGGAUACGUUUCUCAUGCUAUGGAAUUUCAAGCCACAAGCUAGAGCUUUCAGAUACGUGGGUCACAAGGAUGUUGUAACCAGCGUGCAGUUUUCUCCACUUGGAAACUUACUGGCCUCUGCUUCACGAGACAGAACUGUUAGACUCUGGAUUCCUGAUAAGAGAGGGAAAUCCUCUGAAUUUAAAGCUCAUACAGCCCCAGUUCGCAGUGUGGACUUUUCAGCUGAUGGCCAGUUUCUAGCUACAGCUUCCGAAGACAAAUCCAUCAAAGUAUGGAACAUGUACCGCCAGCGCUUCUUGUAUUCCUUGUACCGACAUACACACUGGGUGCGCUGUGCCAAAUUUUCACCUGAUGGAAGACUAAUUGUAUCAUGUAGUGAGGAUAAAACUAUUAAAAUUUGGGAUACCACAAAUAAGCAGUGUGUUAAUAACUUCUCAGAUUCUCUGGGGUUUGCAAAUUUUGUGGAUUUUAACCCUAAUGGUACGUGCAUAGCUUCAGCAGGUUCUGAUCAUACUGUGAAAAUCUGGGAUAUAAGAGUGAACAAAUUACUCCAACAUUAUCAAGUUCACAGCAGUGGAGUUAAUUGUGUCUCAUUCCACCCCUCGGGUAACUAUCUCAUCACUGCUUCUUCAGACGGUACACUUAAGAUUCUGGAUCUCUUGGAAGGAAGGCUCAUAUAUACACUUCAAGGACAUACGGGACCUGUCUUUACUGUUUCAUUUUCAAAAGGUGGAGAGCUGUUUGCAUCAGGAGGUGCAGACGCACAGGUCUUAUUAUGGAGGACUAACUUUGAUGAAAUGAAUUGUAAAGACAUUAUUAAAAGAAAUCUCAAAAGAUUACAUUUUGAUUCACCACCGCAUCUUCUUGAUAUCUACCCAAGAACACCGCAUCUUCACGAGGGGAAAAUCGAGACUGUUGAAAUUAAUCCAAAACUUGAAGUGAUCGACUUGCAGACCCCUACUCCCCCUGUUGUAGACAUCCUUUCUUUUGAUUCUACCACAACAACGGAAACCACUGUCAGAACCCCACCAGACAAGGGUGAAGGGAUCUGUGGAUAUUUCUUGAACCCCUCAUUAACGACAUCAGAAUGUUUCCCAACAACCUUGAAAAAGAAAACAGAAGACAUGAGCGACCUGCCCUCUGAGAGCCAAAGAAGCAUACCGCUCGCUGUGACUGACGCUUUAGGGCAUAUUAUGGAACAACUCAAUGUUUUGACACAGACUGUUUCAAUCUUGGAGCAGCGACUGACUUUGACAGAGGAUAAGCUGAAAGACUGCCUUGAAAACCAGCAAAAGCUUUUCAGUGCUAUCCAUCAGAAAAGCUGAACAGAGAAGUAUGAGCAGAGGCGAGAUAAGUGACACAGGUACAGAUGGUCAGGAAGGUAGUACAAGCUGCUUCGUGCAGCACAUCCGGGCGCUCAUUAUCAUGGCAUUUCUCAUAAGGGCAAGCCACAGAACAAGGCAGAAAAGGCAUAAUUAAGGACUAAUUUAAACACACAAAUCAAUGUCAAGGACUGAUUUAAAGCAUUCCCAUUUAUGACUGCAGGAAUAAAGUGAUAAGCAUUCAAGUGGCUCUGUAUUUUCCCCCAUAAUAUUUUAAAUGUCAGUUUUCAUUUAUAGUCCAAACCUUACCAGGAAAGUAACCAAAUCUCUUGAUUUCAUAGUUAAAUCAUUUCAAAUUGACCAUGUUCAGGCAGUUCCUCAAAGCAAUUAAUGUAUUUCUUUAGUGAACAACACCCUUGGGGUAAAAUAAUUCGCUUACCUCUAAAACAGCAUCCUAUACACGGCAGAGAAUGAGUUAGUGAUCCGCCUCAUAUUUCUUUCACUUCAAAAACAAACUGUCCUUUCUUACCAGUGCCUUGGAAAAGUGAUCUUGUAAAAAUUCCCAGACCACAGAAUUUCCACAGCAAGGAUACACUUAUCUUAAUUAGCAACAGCACAUAUGUGACACAGAGCAGAGAGUUUUUAUUUGAUUUAAGAUGUCCAUUGUUUAUCCUUUGAUCAACCUGAAAGAAAAUGAAGAGUUAGAAAUAUGUGAAGCGCACAUAUCUUUUCUCUCACAGAUGAGUGCACUAAGCACUUUGGGUUGUGUCCGAACCUGUGAUCCCAGCUUACAAAGAUUACGUUAGUGUGAUUUCAGUGUGCUCAAAAGCCAGAAUGAUGUAAGAGAAACAUUUAAAAAUAUGCCCACAUGUAUGUUCACACGCUGCAGAAAUGCUGUUGCUUAGGGUGAUUUUGGCUGCCGAAUGAUAAGUACUUAAACAUUUGCAUCACCAUCUUCCUAUUUUUUUAAUGAAUUAUUAUUUGAAACAGAAUGAAAAUGAGCCAGGCAUUCUACAAGAUCUUGGUUACAAAUUAAGAAUUUUGUUUUAUCUUAAACAAAACGAGAUUAAAUUGAAGAAAAACAGA